AUGCUAAACCCUGACCAAUUGCUGACCAGGACCAUAUCGGAGAGACCAAAGCAGAGCACAGAGCCCUUGGCUCCAGGGACGGCCACAGGGUUGUUCAAACUUCUAUCAAGCAUCUCCCCGGAGGAACAGGCAAGUCUUGGAAGUGGCGAUAGCCUUCAGAGUCAGAGCUGCCAGCUGCAGAGGUCUCAGAGUGCAGGGCAGAGGACAAAGAAAGAACGCAAGACCCGGAGGCGGAACAAGAAAGGACAAGGCUCAGCUGAGGCCGAGGAUCUGUUCAGUUCACCUGCUCGGAAACCUUCCUUUCCUUUCCAGUGGGCCUGGGAGAGCUUCAUCAUAGAUGGUCAGGCUCUGCUUCAGCCAAGCUCCUGCGUGGCCCAUGGCUACCGAGCCCUGCUUUUGCCCCCAGCUGGGCUCCAGCUCAAGUCCAGGCGCAAGUCAGUAAGCAGCCUCUCAGAAGACCUUGGCUUCUGCCAGAAGACAGAAGUACAAAACCUGGAGAGGAGAAAUCAGAUAGGGGCCUGGGGCAGCAAUACCCUCCCUCUUGGCAAAGCAGAGAGCCAAGGGCUGGAGCGAAGCAGCCAGGGUGGCUUCUGGCCACCAGGAAAAGGGUCAGGGUCAGAAUGUGAGGAUGCCUCGGAGGUGGAAGGCCAGGAUACAGAGGAGACAGAGAAGAUUCUGAGCCCUGGGGAACUGCCCCAGCUCCUGGGGCGGGGCUUGAUCUCGGAGGAGGAGUGGAUCUCAGAGGUGACCGAGGAGGGGGAGGAACACAGCGCCCCCCACAGGAGGAAAGGCAGCUCUCAUAAUAAGGGGAGGAAUUCUGGAGAAAAGGCUUCGGAAGGGGAGCUGCAGGGCCACAGCCAGGGAAGCAGCUCCAGCUCCAACGGCCUCCGAAAGCUGCAGAAGAAGUCAAGGGCCAAGGACCUGAGGGGGCCCUGGGACCUAGAGCGGCUACACCGGCAGUUACAGGAGGAAUUGGAUUGUGGUCCUCAAAAGCAGACCUGGAACGCAUUGCGGGCAGCUGUCCAGGCCUCUACCAGGGGUAGGAGGACCCCUAUCUUGGGAGAUGAUGAAAGUUACUUAUCUACCAACUUCCCCAAUCGCACCUUCCAUAAACGGCAGGAGGCCACCAGAAACCUUCUGCAGGCCUGGGAACGGCAGCAGCUGGAGGAGCGGCAGCAGGCUGAGAUGCGCAGGGCGCGGGAGCACCAGGUGCAGCAGAAGGUGGCGCGGUGUCUGGCAGCCUACACGCCCAGAGGGAGCCGAGGGGCCUUGACCGCUCAGCGCAAACUAGAGGAGCUGAGGCGCAAGGAGCGACAGCGUUUUGCUGAGUACCAGGCAGAACUGCAAGGCAUCCAGCACAGGGUGCAGGCCCGGCCCUUCCUGUUCCAGCAGGCCAUGCAGACCAACGCCAGACUCACAGUGAAUCGGCGCUUCUCCCAGGUGCUGUCAGCAUUGGGAGUAGACGAGGAACAGCUGCUGGCAGAGGCAGGCAACGUGCAGGGCCUCUCUCAGAAACACAGGAGCCACCGGUCAUUUGGAGUAGAAAUGGAUUCCUCUUCUCAGAGCCCUCCAAAGAUAGAACCCACCAGCAGCCCACCUGGAAGGCUUCCCUCCCCGACCCUGGACCCAGAACACGGUCCCUGCGAUAAAAAUUAAA